AUGGCUGACGAACAACCCACCGCCCAAAUCAUCGACGGGACUGCCAUCGCAAAAGCUGUCCGCGAUGAGGUCUCGGAGCGCAUUGCGUCCCUCCGAGCCAGGUACCCUUCAUUUCAAUCUCACCUCGUUAUUAUCCAAGCCGGCGCAAAUCCUUCAUCUUCAAUCUACGUGCGCAUGAAGUUGAAGGCAGCUCAAGAGGCGGGCAUUAAGACCACUCACGUCCAGCUGGAAGAAGGCGUAAGCGUCGACGAAGUUAUCAAACAGGUGACACUGCUCAAUGCGGAUGAGACGGUCAGCGGGAUAUUGGUGCAACUACCUCUGGGAGACCAUGUCUCUCCUGAGGCGGAGAGAAGGGUCACAGAGGCUAUCAGUCCCGAGAAGGAUGUCGAUGGAUUCCACGCGUACAAUAUUGGCCAUCUUUCCUCUCGUGCAUCUCAGCCGAUCUUUACGCCCUGCACUCCUGAUGGCGUGAUCCGCCUCAUUGACAGCACAGGCGUGCCUAUCGCGGGUGCACACGCUGUUGUCCUGGGUCGAAGCGACAUCGUUGGUAGUCCUGUCGCCGCCAUGCUAAGGAAACGUGAUGCCACCGUAACUCAGUGCCACAGUCGGACUAAUAAUCUCCAGAACCACAUUCAUGAUGCUGAUAUACUCGUUGCUGCGAUUGGAAAACCAGAAUUUGUGAAGGGAGAGUGGAUUAAACCAGGCGCUGUCGUCAUAGAUGUCGGAACGAACUAUAUACCUGACUCAACUAAGAAAUCUGGCCAACGCCUCGUCGGAGAUGUUGACUUUGCUUCAGCAUCGAAGGUAGCGGGCCAUAUCACGCCCGUCCCUGGAGGUGUCGGUCCCAUGACAGUCGCUAUACUCAUGUUUAACACUCUCCGCAGUGCUGAACGGCUUUGGGAGCAGCAAAGGAAUAGGAAGAUUGUUCCGCUUGAAUUAAACCUACUAGAGAAGGUUCCAAGUGACAUCGAAAUCGCUCAGGCGCAAACACCAAAACUGAUCACUCAACUAGCAGAAGAGAUCGGCGUCCACCCUUCUGAAUUGGAACCAUAUGGCCCAUAUAAAGCUAAGGUUUCGCUUUCUAUCCUGGAUAGGCUUGCAAGCCGAAAAGAUGGUAAAUAUAUCAUCGUCUCUGGCAUCACACCCACACCCCUAGGAGAGGGCAAGUCUACGACAACAAUUGGGCUAUCCCAGGCACUUGGAGCACAUCUAGGGAAGAUCGCAUUCGCAUGCGUUAGGCAGCCUAGCCAGGGCCCCACGUUUGGCAUCAAGGGUGGUGCGGCUGGCGGAGGAUACAGCCAGGUUAUUCCAAUGGAAGAGUUCAACCUACACCUUACUGGAGACAUUCAUGCCGUAACUGCGGCAAAUAAUUUGCUCGGGCGAUUCACCCUUAUAGCUGCCGCCCUUGAUGCUCGUAUGUUCCAUGAAGCGACAACCCCCAACAAGUCACUGUAUGCACGUCUCGUACCUAUCAAAAAGGGAAAACGCGAGUUUGCACCUCUUAUGCUCAAGCGUCUGAAGAAGUUGGGUAUCGAUAAGGUGGAUCCGGAUGCUCUGACUCCUGAGGAAGCGAACCGCUUUUCUCGCCUUGACGUUGAUCCCGAGACCGUCACUUGGAACCGGGUGAUCGAUGUCAACGAUCGGCAUUUACGGAAGAUUACUGUUGGCCAGAACCCCACGGAGCAGGGUCACACUCGGAGACUGGGUUCGAUAUCUCAGUUGCCAGUGAAUGAUAUGAGAGAAAGGCUAGGUAAUAUGGUCGUUGCGACAAGCAAGAAUGGAGACCCUGUUACUGCAGAUGACAUUGGCGUUGGAGGCGCUCUGACUGUGUUGAUGAAGGAUGCCAUUAUGCCUAACUUAAUGCAAUCCCUCGAAGGAACACCAGUUUUCGUCCACGCUGGUCCUUUCGCGAACAUUGCGCACGGUAACUCUUCCAUUCUCGCUGACCGCGUAGCUCUGAAACUCGCGGGCACGGACGAAGGCGACGCACCAGAACGACAAGGCUAUGUCCUCACGGAGGGUGGUUUCGGAGCUGACAUGGGUCUUGAGAAGUUCUGCAACAUCAAGUGCCGCGUUAGUGGAUUGACUCCCGAUGCGGCUGUUAUCGUCGCCACAACUCGCGCGCUUAAGAUGCACGGAGGUGGACCCGAGGUCACCCCUGGAAAGCCAUUGCAUGAGGUAUAUCUCAGGGAAGACCUGGUUAUUCUUAAAGAUGGUUGCAAGAAUUUAAGAAAGCAUAUUAUCAACACCAAGAAAUUUGGUCUAAAGGUUAUCAUUGCCGUGAACAGGUUUGCCUCUGAUACCCAGGCCGAACUCGAACUCAUUAAAGCGGAGGCUCUCGCGGCGGGUGCGGAUGCAGCAGUUGUCAGUAACCACUGGGCCGAAGGUGGCGCUGGAGCUAAGGCUCUUGCUGAGGCUGUCGUUGCUCUUUGCGAAGGUCCAUCAAACUUCAAGUUCCUUUACGACCUUAAUGAAUCUAUUGAAGCGAAGAUCACCUCGAUCUCGAAGAAUAUUUAUGGCGCAGAUGGGAUUGAGCUGAGCGAGCGUGCCCAAAAGCAAAUUGAGACGUAUACUAGGCAAGGAUAUAGCCACUUGCCGAUUUGCAUGGCGAAAACACAGUACUCGUUCUCUCAUGAUGCAAAACUUAAAGGUGAUCCUGCAGGGUUCAUCGUCCCAAUCCGAGAGGUGCGUAUGUCUGCAGGUGCUGGCUUCUUCGUGACAAUUCUUGGGGACGUGCAAACUAUGCCUGGUUUGGGCACGCGUCCUGGCUUCUGGGAAGUUGAUCUUGAUGAAAAUGGACGUAUCGUUGGCCUUUUCUAG